GGGGCCGCGGCGGGAGCACGUGGAGCGCCAGGUACCAGAGCCACAGCUCCAGCCAGCAGCCGGGAGGCGACAUGGAAGAUAAAAAGCCAAAUGUGGAAUUGAAAAGCACUCAGGAGCAGCCUGUGCCCACAGAAGAUCCAGUGAUUUUGAAUGACUAUGAUUCACCCAAAUCUCAUGAAGUGGAAAAUGUGGACUGUGCAGAAGGCCCAACCAAUGAAGAUGAAGACAUAGGAGAUAAUUCAAUGAAAGUGAAAGAUGAAUACAGCGAAAGGGAUGAGAAUGUUUUAAAGCCAGAGCCUAUGGGAAACGCAGAAGAGCCUGAAAUUCCUUACAGCUAUUCAAGAGAAUAUAAUGAAUAUGAAAACAUUAAGUUGGAAAGACAUGUUGUGCCAUAUGAUAGUAGCAGGCCAACCAGUGGAAAGAUGAACUGCGAUGUGUGUGGAUUAUCCUGCAUUAGCUUCAAUGUCUUAAUGGUUCAUAAACGGAGCCAUACUGGUGAACGCCCAUUCCAAUGUAAUCAGUGUGGGGCAUCCUUUACUCAGAAAGGUAACCUCCUCCGCCACAUUAAACUGCACACAGGGGAAAAACCUUUUAAGUGUCACCUCUGCAACUACGCAUGCCAGAGAAGAGAUGCACUCACAGGUCAUCUUAGGACACAUUCUGUUGAGAAACCCUAUAAAUGUGAGUUUUGCGGAAGGAGUUACAAGCAGAGAAGCUCUCUUGAGGAGCACAAGGAGCGCUGUCGCACUUUUCUUCAGACCACUGACCUGGGAGAGACUGCAAGUGCGGAGGCAAGACACAUCAAAGCAGAGAUGGGAAGUGAAAGAGCUCUCGUUCUGGACAGAUUAGCAAGCAAUGUGGCAAAACGAAAAAGCUCAAUGCCUCAGAAAUUCAUUGGCGAGAAGCGCCACUGCUUUGACAUCAACUAUAACUCCGGCUUUAUGUAUGAGAAAGAGAACGAAAUCAUACAGACCCGAAUGAUGGACCAAGCCAUCAAUAAUGCUAUCAGCUAUCUGGGUGCUGAAGCUCUGCGCCCCUUAGUCCAGACUCCACCUGCUCCCACCUCGGAGAUGGUGCCAGUUAUCAGCAGCAUGUAUCCUAUAGCUCUCACCCGUGCUGAGAUGCCAAAUGGUACCCCCCAUGAUCUGGAAAAGAAGAACAUCCACCUCCCAGAGAAGAGCUUGUCAUCUGAGAGAGGCCUCUCCCCCAACAACAGCGGCCAUGACUCCACAGACACUGACAGCAACCACGAAGAACGCCAGAACCACAUCUACCAGCAGAUGGUCCCACCUCGGGCCCGAAAUGGGAUGCCACUUCUGAAGGAGGUCCCUCGCACUUAUGAACUCCUCAAGCCCCCACCCAUCUGCCCAAGAGACUCCAUCAAAGUGAUCAGCAAAGAGGGGGAGAUGAUGGAUGUGUACCGAUGUGACCACUGUCGAGUCCUCUUUCUGGAUUAUGUGAUGUUCACUAUCCACAUGGGUUGCCAUGGCUUCCGUGACCCUUUUGAGUGCAACAUGUGUGGAUAUCGAAGCCACGAUCGGUAUGAGUUCUCAUCUCACAUAGCCAGAGGGGAGCACAGAGCCAUGCUGAAGUGAACCUUAGGCCUCCACGAUGACUUGCAUCUGAAUAGUCAACAUCAUCUUUUAAGAAAUGAAAGCUAACAAAGCACUCUCAAAUCAAACUCAGUUCCCAACUCCUUGCCACAUCAUUUUUAGAAUCCAAAGAGCUAGGUUCCCCUGAGCAGCCAGAGAAAUCUAGAAGUUGUUUGUAGGCAUAUCAUGUUAAUGCUGUGGUGAAAUCUUUGUUUUCCUGUCAGGACUCUGAAUGUCAUGAUAUUUUAAAGCCAAUGAGAUAUAUUUUGCAGUAGGAGAACAGGCAUUCCUUGAACUUUGCCAGUCAAGAGAAUCCCCCAGUUUUCCUGCAUGACACACUUUUUCUGAGAUACAACAGCCAUACAUGGAAAAGCCUCUUGAUCCUGUGUCCAGAUGAGAACUGGUCAGCUAACCUUGCUGGGAGCCUUACCCUUCUGCAUUUGACACAGGCUGAAGGGUUAGGAUAUAAUCCUUUCAUCCCAAAUUCUAGCUUAAUAGUAAGGAAAAGAACAGCCAAAAACUACAUACCUGUUACCAAUUAUUGAAGACCCUGUUUUUUGAGCACCUAAUUACACACAAGCAGGGGGGCAAAAGGUAUGAGAUGUUACUACUUCUUUUGCCCUUUGCCCUUCCAACUCCAGUUAGAAACUGCUUUGGGUUAAACCAGUCCUCUAUAGGAGAAAUCCUAUACCAGAAGAACUACUGGUUUUAAAUAUAGACUUGUCAAAACUUCAAGAAGUCGUUCACUGUGAAUGAAGGUAUCCACUUGCUAUGAUCCACGCUGGCAGAGCCAGGCUUUGAGGGGGGAUGGGUUAGCAACAACCACUAUAUGGAAUAAAAACCCAGCCACCUAUUCUUGACAACCUUUAUGAAGUCCUGGUGUACAGUUCCAGAGUGAACACCCCAGUGAUUUUUUUUUUUAACCAAAGAAUCCAAAAAGCAUGAUUUGAGAUCCCCUUCCUCAUAGGAGAGGAAUCAAGGAUAAAUGCCUCCUUUCAUGGUAAGGUGAAGGAGGGAGCCAGCAGGUUCCUUGGCUGAUAAAGUUGAGUUGUAUCCGCCACACACAACCACGCACACCAUUUUAAAUGGAGCUGCUGUAUGCCACAAAGUUGCCAG